AUGUACCUGUCAUUCCAGAAGCUCAUCUCACGCUUCACACAGCCCCUACGUGAUCGAAUGAAACGAUCCUUAUCCCCAACUAUGGACGUCCCAGAAUCUCCAGAAGAAGAGCAUACUCCAUUUGUUCCACAAAUCAUAGAAGAGCCUAUUCUAGCAUCGCCAAAAUGUCAAAUCACGGGAGAUUCUGUCCUAGAAUCGACAAUUCAUCGGUAUCAUAUGCUCCACGAACGUCAAUGGAUCAAUCACCCUUUACUGUCACAUCUAGAAUGGUCUUGGGGUAUGAAAUACGAUUCGAUGGAAGUGGAUACCAAUGAGAACACUCUUUACCUGGGUCAAGAUUGGCUGGAAUUGUUUGAAUCCGGUGACUGUACACUGAUGCCUUCGAUGGAAAUCAUGGAGAAGUUAUGGAAUCGCUGGUUUGACGUUCCGCUCGAUCUUGACAGCGUGUCCUCAAUCGAAGAUCUCUACGAGGGAGAGGAUACUUUCGAAUAUCACGUCAUCCCACUUCAUAAAGAUGCCUCAUUCGCCGGAAACCCGACAGGCGACGUAUCCUCCAUAUAUCCGUUCUACACCCUGCCGCCUAUUGUCUCAAAGCUGAAGCCUCACUUUGUCGCAUGUCACGCGGGCCCCCUACUGCUCCCUUUGUCGUCCAUACACUAUGACUUGUCAGCCAAGAGUAUAUCUCGCAUAUACGGAGUAUCGUUAGAACAGGGAAAAUUCGCUAUCUCCGCGAUAGCCCAGUCUUAUGGAGCCUGGAAAAAUUCAUCCACCCCCGUCAAAUUCGUCUCUUCUCCACGGACUAUUCGCUUUGCCCGGCGCCUGGAGACUGACACCACAGCCUGCCCUGAUGCCCUCCCGUGUCCAUCUGGCCCUUCAAGAAAUCGACUCAGAUACUCUGAUGAUGAUGUUGAUGACCCAGAUACUUCUGAUGCGCAUCUGAACAUCAUUUCAUGUCGAAGUCAUACUGCAGCUGGAUUUACUGCAGACCUUUCAGAAGCAGAGCCUAUUCCCUCCUUCACAAAAUGCUUUAUCACGGGAGAUUCUGUACCAGAAUCGACAAUCCGUCAGUACUAUAUGCUGCACGACCGUCAAGGCAUCGAUCACUAUUUGCUAUCACAUCUCGAAUGGUCUUGGGGAAUGAGAUCCAAUUCAAUACAACUGGAUACCGUCGAGAACACCGUUUAUUUGAGGGAAGACUGGCGCAAAUUGUUUGAAUCUGGUGACUGUACGUUGAUGCCUUCGAUGAAAAUCAUGGAGCAGUUAUGGAAACGCUGGGUCGAUGUUGCGCUCGAUAUGGAUAGCGUCUCUUCUUCAAUUGAGGAUCUCUACGAGGGAGAGGAUACCUUCGAAUAUCGCGUCAUCCCACUUCAUAAAGAUGCCUCAUACGCUGACAACCCGGCAGGCGACGUAUACUCCACAUAUCCGUUCUAUACCCUGCCGCCCAUUGUCUCGAAACUGAAGCCUCACUUUGUCGCAUGCCAUGCAGGCCCCUUGCUUCUUUCGUUGACAAACCUAAACUAUAACCUAGUCGUCGAGAGUAUAGCUCGUACUUACAGAGUGCCGCCAGAACAGGGGAAAUUCGCCAUCUCCGCCAUAUCGCAGUCUUAUGAAGCCUGGACAGAGUCUACCCUUCCCGCCGGCUUUGUCUCAUCGACACGGGAUCCUUGUCCCACACGGUGUCUAGAGCCUGAUUCUGCGACUUGUUCUGAUUUCCUUGCGCUGACAAAUGGCUCUUCAAGAAAACGGCGUAGAGGCCCACAUGAUGAUCUUAUACUUGAUGAUCUAUACAGUUCUGAGGUGCAUGUGGGCAUUCGUUCAUGCCCUAGCCUCACUGCAGCUAGGUUCGAUACCUCGACUUCCUCUGACUCGAGUCGAGAUGCAAGGCACAUCUUCUCCUCACGAGCUGGUAUCGAAGACCCAAGCUCGGACAUUGAUCCCAUGUCUGAAGGCGAAAUCGACCUCUUCAUAAGGAAUUGGGUCGCACGGUGCAUCAGUGACGUGAAGAAAUCUGGUGGAUGGGCCUCUUGCGUUUCAAACGACGGACAAGUUGAGAAGUACCGCAGGGUACGCCGUAGAUUAACAUAGAUUUUGGACACUUCUGGGGACGUGUAUUCUUUGUACCAAUAUCAAGUCUAGUCAGCCAAAUUGUAAGGUAAAGCUUGUC